CACGGCAUGGGCCCCGUGCGACUUCACCUGGCAGUGCUGGCCGCGGAGGUGCAUGGGGGCGAGGGAGAUCCGCAGGAUUUGGCUGUGCCCUGCUCGCUCCUGGGCGCACAGCAGUAUUUCCUGCUUGGCCAGCGCUCAGGCUCGAGCUCCCGCGCUCACUUCGCCCUCGCAUUCCCGACGGACUUCCUGUAG